UCUCUCGACAACGGGCACGUGUGGGACAAUGCCGACCAAAGGAGGACGACGAAGGAAGACCCGCACGCAUGUCGUUGGGUUUCCAUCAGGAGCAGUCGGGGCCCCUGAGAGUGAAAUGACUGAGAAAGUCCCGAAGAGUUUCGUCCUGAAGAAGGGCAAGGUCCACUCCAAUGUGUCCGACCUUGCAGAAGAGAUGCGGAGGGUCAUGGAACCGCACACAGCGCGCAAGCUGCGAGAGCGCGCCAAGAACACUGUGAAGGACUACGUGUCGGUGUCCAGUGUGCUCGGCGUAACCCACCUCCUAGUGUUCACACAGACGGAUAAGAGCCUGAGCUUGCGCGUUUGCCGAACGCCAACUGGACCUACCCUUACGUUCAAGGUUCGACAGUUCUCCCUCAUGCGGCACGUGCGAGCACUGCAAAAGCGACCGGUGGAGGUGAACCAGGCGUACAAGACAUCUCCUCUGGUCGUGCUCAACAACUUCGGGGACAAGCAGGCAUCGUCUCAAGUAAAGCUGAUGAAGGUUACACUACAGAACAUGUUUCCAUCAAUCAACGUGGCGACGGUCAAGUUGCAAGAUUGCCGGCGAGUGGUUAUGUUUAACCUCGACAAGACCAAUGGCACGGUCGAAAUGAGACACUUCGCUGUUCGCGCCACCCCAACAGGCAUCGCCAAGGCAAUUACGAAGGUAGCAAGAAGCUGUGCGUGUGUGUACGACGGUCUUGUUCGAGUGUCUUCGAUGGAUACACGGGAUUCCCGCAGAGAACCUGGUAACGUGCGACUUCCACGCGCUAACAAAUGCUGCGGGUUCGGUGUGAUUUUCUUGCAGGUGGUGCAGGCGAAGGUACCCGACUUGCACGGUCUGGAGGACAUCAGCGAGUAUGUCGCGGGAGGCAUGGGAGGAGGAAUAUCAGAUAGCGAGGUUGAGGAUGAGGAAUCCAAGAUCACGUUGCCGGAUGACUACGUCGGUCGGGGAAACGUCAAGUCGCAGAAAAGGCGAGACAAUUCAAUCCGCUUGCAGGAGCUCGGACCGCGGCUUACUCUGGAACUCAUGAAGGUGGAGCGAGGUCUAUGCGAGGGAGAGGUCCUGUACCACAGUUAUGUGACCAAGACGGCGGAAGAGAUCAAGGCGCAGCGAGCGAAGGUGGAAAAGAGAGAUAACCUCAAGCGCAAGCGCCGCGAGGAGCAAGCAGAGAACGUAGCGCGCAAGAAGCAGGAAGCCGAAGAACUAGCAGCAGCAAAGGCUGCUAGAAGGCUGGAGAGGGCGCAGCAAGCAGCGGCUGAAGGAGACGCGGACGAGGAAGACAGCGAAAGCGACGGAGAAAGUGGGGAAGAGGAGACUGGUGAAAGUCAGGGAGCGUUUGGUACUAGCACGGGUGUGGAUGAGAGUGGGUCAGACGUGUUAGAUGAAAUGGAGGAGAGCGAGUAGGAGGGGGGGACAGAGGAAAAGGAGUGUGACGAAGAGGACUAAAGUCGACUGGAAAGUCGCGUUUGUGAAGUAGACAUCUGCUGGAAGGGUGUGUUAGUCACUGAGAAUUAGAAUGCGCUG